UCGCGUUUUAUUCAUCAGUUUAAACUGAGGUCAGUCCGUCUGGAAACUGUGAGGCGAAUCUUAUGGAUCGAGUUCAUGGAGAUAAACGCGACGCUUGAACAUCAUUCCUGAGAGUUUAAAGUCCAUAUACGCCCGUUGAAGACGUGUUUUAAUCGGGGCUCCAGCAAAAUGAGACUUCGCUCGAGAAAUAUUUUAAACGAAAACCCGACGACACCGUGCCGCCGCCGUCGAGCCGCUCCGGAGACACCGGGACCGCAGACCCAGGAUGAAGUUAAAGUUCUUCAAGAGUGCUUGAAUCUGGACCCUGAUGAUGUCCCAACAGUAGCCAAACGUCCACGGAGAAGGAGAAAAGCUUUAUCAGCUGUUGACAAUAAAGAGUCAGAUUUCAAGACCCCAGUCCGUCACCUCCGGGAAAGGCAUUCGGCAUUGAAUCCUGCUGCUCGAAGCCUCUACUCUCCUUCAGUGCACUUUCUCACACCCCCACGAGACAGAGAGCAGCCAAACACGAGUCCCAUGUUCAGCCCUGAACACUGUGUGUUCGGCUACAGUGCUGCCAGCCCUCUUUCAGAGGAUGAAGAGAAUGAAGAAGUGUUCAGCCCUUUUACGUUUAUUAAGAACAUUCCGAAUCGUUCACAACAGUCCAGGCCUGUCUCAGCAGUGCGGGACAUUCCACCAAAGACGAGGAGCACACCUGCUGCUACCCUGGUGCUCGAUUUGGAUGAAACCCUUGUGUUCAGUUCACUCAAUGUGAUUGAUGAUGCAGAAUACACCUUCAAUACUCGCUUUCAAGAUCACAAGUACAAGGUUUACGUGAUCCUCAGGCCAUAUGUCAAAGAGUUUCUACAAGCCAUGACCAAACAUUUCGAGAUGUUUGUUUACACCUCUGCAAAAAAGGAAUACGCAGAGAAGAUUGUAGAUAUAUUGGACCCUAAUAAAAAGCUCUUUAGGCAUCGUUUGUAUCAGGACGAUUGUGCCUGUGUGCUUGGACACUACAUUAAAGACUUGACCAUUCUGGAGAGAGACCUGUCGAAGACGGUCAUCCUGGACAAUGCCCCACACACCUUCCCAUACCACCUGAUGAAUAUGAUUCCCAUAAAAAGCUGGAUUGGAAAUCAAGAGGACCGUGAGCUGCAAAAGCUCGUUCCGUACAUGGAGAAACUAGUGCAUGCGGAUGACAUCAGAAGUGUUUUAAAGAAGAGGACCGAUCACUUCCACAGGCUGCUUUCUGAAGACUGAUCCCUGUAUUAAAUGUAAAUAAAUGUAAAGCCAUGCUUGUAAAUGCCAGUCAAAUUCCCACGCUCCAUACUGCAUGCAAGGCCAAAUGUGUAGUAUGAUUUUAUACUCUGGUCUAAUAAUAGUGCUCAUAUGAUAGAGAACAGUCUUGUAAUCCUCCUGGUCAGCUGGUGUUCUGACUUCUUCUGAAGAAUAGGGCUGGAUUCUCCUACCUUUAAUUAUAUUUAUUGAUAAACCUUGAGGGAUUUGUACAGGUUUGUGCCAUUGGAAGAAUGCUUUCACACUUUAAUCUGUAAAUCUGUAAUCUGUAAUCAAUUUCAAUAUGUAUUGUACUCAGAAUUUUUAAAGAAUGCUUCGGCCAGUUUUCAGUAACCAAUAAAGUAAGAAGAAAAA